AUGCUCAAGAACCAGGAGAACCAAAGAGGCCCAAUGUUUAGACCCAAGCUACGAGAACCGGACACUUAUCAUGGAACAAGAACCCCACAUGCUGCUGAAAGCUGGUUACGAUCUGUACAACGUUAUGCUGAUGUGACUGGAAUGGAUGAAGGUGACCGAGUCCAAUAUGCCAUCAAUCUUUUUCGAAGAGAUGCUGACACAUGGUGGCGUACAAGAGAAAUUGUUGGACAUGAUGCAAGCACUUGGAUUGAUUUCUGCAAGCUGGUACUAGACGAAUUUCGACCUCGCAAUGCCAAACAGACUGCACACUGA